GAAAGGAUUUGGUUAUAAAGGCUCCUGCUUUCACAGAAUUAUUCCGGGAUUGAUGUGCCAAGGGGGUGACUGCCCAUGCCACAAUGGCACAGGCAGCAAGUCCAUUUAUGGGGAGAAAUUUGAUGAUGAGAAUUUCGUCCUGAAGCAUGCAGGCCCUGGCAUCUUGUCCAUGGCAAAUGCUGGACCCAACACAAAUGGUUCCCAGUUUAUCAUCUGCACUGCCAACACCAAGUGGCUGGAUGGCAAGCAUGUGGUCUCCAGCCAGGUGAAAGACGAUGAUGGCAUGCAUGUUUUGACAGCCAUGGAGCACUAUGGGUCCAGGAAUGGCAAGACCAGCAAAAAAGAUCGUCACUGCUGA